AUGGGACUCUGUAGCACUCAAUUUUCUAACUCGCUGAUCAACAUUGCCCUCUGGACACUCUGGACUUCCUCACUGCUGACUUAUCGAUUUUAUCGGCUCGACGUAACGACUCCAUUUCCCCCUGAUGACCAUCCAACCUACU